AUGGCUAUGCAAAGGCAGAUAACAGUACGACGUUCAUGCAUGAUUCGAUACCCAUCAAGCAUGGUCCUAGCCAUUAAGACUCGAUAUUUAUUGGAUAUGAUUCUGUGCUUAUCAGAUGUAACUCUACUGAUUAACGUGGAAAAAGAUGAAGUGCUACUCACGGACAAUUUACAUCCUGGCUUUGUUGAGCUAUAUAACGAUGGCGAAGCAAGCUCCCUGCGAAUAUUUUAUUUGGAAAAUGGAGAACGACGUCUGGAAAGAGAAUGCACACAAAUAAGCGGCUUGGAACGAGCGGAGGAUUGCAGUAGCUUGGUAUUCCGAAUUUGCAAACUUAAAUCGGGCACUGACUGCAAUGAGCAUGUAUUAAUAAAGCCUGAAAGAUCUAAAGAUUGUCACACGAUUUAUUACGCCUUUCGUUAUCUCCAACAGAAACGCACAGGUUGA